CACAGGCAAGAAACCGCAUGGCUUGGCGGCGAGGAGACCGCGGCUUACAGUAAACACCCGCGGGCUGGCGAGAGACCAGUCUGUGCGGAGAUCGGACUACUCAACGUUGUGCUCACUUUUUUAUCAACUAGAAAACAACAACAAACCCUCAUGCAUUUACCUGCCGACCUGAGGGGCUUCACACCGCACCAAGAGAACAAACCCUACAGCAUGUCCGAGGCUGACCUCACCUUGGCUGACCGCUCAAGUCUUCUCAGUGACCACCCGGGGGAGCAGCUGGUUAAAACCGGGAGUCCGAACUUUAUGUGCUCUGUCCUUCCGUCUCACUGGCGCUCCAACAAAACUCUGCCCAUCCCCUUCAAAGUGGUGGCCAUCGGCGAGGUGAGGGACGGGACCAAGGUGUGCAUCACGGCAGGCAAUGACGAGAACUUUUGCUCGGAGCUGCGCAACAACACGGCCACAAUGAAGAACCAGGUGGCCAAAUUCAACGAUCUACGCUUUGUAGGAAGGAGCGGCAGAGGAAAAAGCUUCACACUGACAAUAGCUGUGUUCACCAACCCUCCGCAGAUUGCCCUAUAUCAAAAAGCCAUCAAAGUUACCGUGGACGGACCACGAGAACCCAGAAGUAAGACCAAAUUACACACAGAUGAUCGUCACAUUCACCAUCAUCGCUCCAUUGAAGUGUCCAGCAGUUUGCCUGACCCUUUGAGAGAGAGACAGUUGGCACACUUUGCUGACCUUGAUCGCAUCAGGCAACACCACAGCAGUAAUGGAAGCCCCCAAGACCAUCACACGCAGUAUCAGGAGAGGAACUGGCACCUACGGGAGCAUCCACAGCACUUCCGCCAUGGCCAGUCCCCAGAUCGAGUCAUGGAUGUUCAGAGUACUGAUCUGGAUGGUAGUGGAUAUUCAACACCCAUAGGUCAAAGGUCAUGGGGAUAUGAACCAGUGGCAUACAGCAAUGAGAUGAGAGGAAUAUCUUGCAGCCCACAUAGGGAGGAAAUCUUUAAAGGUCCAGCUGUUGAACCUGAUGAUUUCCCACGCACCUCAGCGCCAGCCCCGUAUGAUUACGUCAUCAGCAACCAGUCUAGUAUGGCCAUCUACAAGGACCAGAAGGGAAGGCCACAUCUCUCACCUUCACUGCCAGAGCAUGUGAGGAACUCAGCCCUGCUGCCAGACAGACCAGAGCCACCUUUAGACAUCCCCACAGACAGCGCCGGCCAGUUGGGAGAGACAGUGCACCAUUCCCAUCUUGGUGGGCUGGAGGCCAAACAUCUUGGUGGGGUGGAGGCCAGUCCAGAGGAGAAACUGUCUGUCUAUGAACCUUACCCUCCUGCCAGAUACUCUCUAGACCAGUCACCCCCCCGGCUCAGCUUUGAGCAGCCACUUAGACAUCACCUGGAGCCCCAUCCAAUGCUCCCAUCUCUUACAAGUGGCUCUGACCUGCGGCUCUCUGAACCUCGCUUACCAGAACCACUUUAUUCCAGUGAAAGAAAAGUUUUGAUGCUUGCAUCCUCCCCCUCCAACGGUAAGAUAGUUUCUGAUGAUGACAGCCAUCAUCUAAGCUUAGCCAAGCCAGAGCUCAACAGGCACUCCUUCUCACUGAUGUCAGUGCCUGUUAUUUCCAGCAGAGGUGAGGUGAGACACCUAAGCUCUGACAGCAGAGUUUCAUUCUAUGGUUGUGAUGGCAGAGUCCCCAGCUCUGCCAGAAGCUCCUCAGACAGCCACGCCAUCAACCUCUCCUUGUCUGAACACAGCCACUUCAAGUCAGACACCCAAGUGAAAAUACUUGAUCAAGGCGCCCAUGUCUUUCAUCCAGUGCCUUCUCAAGAGCCUAAACCUUUCCCUGCAGGGGAUAGAAUGACCAUAACGACACAUUCUUCCUCAGCCGGACAUUCAUCUUUACCAGUUCUUACAAUCUCCUCCAGGACCAGUCCAGAAUCCCUCUCCACCUCCUUCCUGACAGUUUCUCCAUCCCAGCUGCUACACAGCUCCUUCUACUACCCCACUUUCUUCCCUCAAAACAAAUCACAGCUCCUCCUGCCAGCCGGGGACAAGACCUAUGAAAUUCUGGGGCACCCGAAAAACUAUGAGAAAAAUGAUGAGAGAAAUUAUGAGAAAAACUAUGAGAAAAGUUUUGAGAUAAUUGACCAGUCCCGCUCAUCAACAGAUGGCAAAUACUUCAAGCGGCGCCUGUCAAGGGGCUGCUAUGAAAGCCUGUCAAGGGGCUGCUAUGAAAGCCUGUCAAGGGGCUGCUAUGAAAGCCUGUCCAGGGGCUGCUAUGAAGGCAGUGACUAUCAGGAUUCCCGCCCGUGUGAAGAGAAAAUGUACAGUGGUCAGCACUCUCCCAAAGCUCAGGGAACAAGAAUUGAAAAACCCAUCCCCAUUUCUUAUACAAGCAGGAACAUGCUGGACCAGAGGAUGUCGGACAUGGACUUGACUGGGGUGGCGCUGCACUCUGACGCCAGCCAGUAUUCUGGCAGCAGCCCCACAUCACCCCCCACCUGGAAGCAUGAAACUUGCCCACUGCCCAUCCCUCGCAGAAAUCAUGAGGAACAGACGAGUCAAGUCAGUGUGUGGCGGCCAUAUUAGCUCAGCUCCAUACCAGCUUCAGGUCAUUAACCCUAAAAUUUUAUGACAUCUGUCAAUUUCUCCAUCAACUGUUAUCUAUUUACCCAUACUAGCCUACUUUAUUUUGUACAUACCAGCUAUGUAUUAGGUGAGGAGAUUCUACAAUGAGAGAAAGAGCUGAUCCACUCUUAGUGUCAGCUGGAUGUGUUUGAAGGGAGAGGACACAGCCAGGUUUUCUAUUGUAACUGUUUUGGUUUUUUUUUAAUCUGCUCUUCUGUACAUACUUGUUGAUAUUCCAGAACAAAUGUGUUUGAUUUUGUUAAGAUUGUUAGCAUUUACAGCUUAUCUAUAGAAUCUCUAACCACAUCUGGGAACAAACAGAUUUACAUGUACCUUAUGGGAACAAACAGAUUUACAUGUACCUUAUGGGAACAAACAGAUUUUUAUGAACCAUAUGCGAACUAACAUACAGGCAAAUAUAAUCGGAAGAAAAACCCACCAUAACCUACUCUUAAACCAAAGAUAUUUUGAUUAUGUUUUAGUCUAUGUUUUUGAUGUCACAAUCACAUCAGUAUUAACACCCAAUCAAAUAACAUUCAUAUGUCCUUUUAACAUUCAUAUGUCAUUGUAUGUCAAACCCAGCAUCUAAGGACCAUACGCACAGGCAAAAAAAUCUUGGACCUAAUUCCAUAUGCAUUAAUAUGAUGCAUUCUUACAUCACAGACACAUGCAUUUGUGUACAGGAUUGGACAUUUUUGUCAUGCUGUAUUUUAUUAGGACACAAUAUCUCUGGUCCUUGACCAAGAUAUUCAUGUACACCUGAUUCAGUGGGUCUAUCUAAUGUUCAUGUACACCUGAUUCAGUGGGUCUGUCUAAUGUUCAUGUACACCUGAUUCAGUGGGUCUAUCUAAUGUUCAUGUACACCUGAUUCAGUGGGUCUAUCUAAUGUUCAUGUACACCUGAUUCAGUGGGUCUAUCUAACGUUCUUUAAUUUUGUGCUCAGGCACUAAGUAUGGUCUGCCCUCCAAUACAGAGUGAAACUUGAAAGGACCUACAGUGUAGACAUUGUUAGACAUCUCACUAAAGCCACUGGUACAUUUGCACCAUUUUGCUCUAAUGCACCUUCCUGAACCAGAAAAAUAAAUUUCAUUUAUCUUGGGAUGCAGAAAUUACUUGUCUUCUAAUUCAAGAAAGAUAGCCAUGUUUUAAAUAAGGCAUAAUAAUCAAUGUUACCUCUGAAAUUCAUUUGUUAACUGUUAAAAACUGAUAUUAAGGAACUACUUUUGUACUCUAUCAUGUGUUUUUGUGUAAAACAUUCAACAAAUAAAAUAAUUUUCUCACA